GUUCAAAUCACUCGGAUUACUCUGUGGUUCAAAUGUAUCACUGGUUGCCUACACGGUUUUUCUCAUUUUUAUUUGAAAAACGAUUUUUCUCAUCGCAAAAGACGUAAAACUUCACAUAAAAUAUUUUUAAAAUCGUUCUGCUUACAAAUAUGACGACCGGUAGUAAGACUCCAGCAAUGUUACUCCAGGAGUAUACAGUAAAGAUGAAGAUUGGGGCACCGGAAUACAAUUUGAUAGUGAACAAAUGUGGUACUCACGAGAAUGAAUUCCAGUAUCAGGUCAACGUUGGGUCAGUUUCAGCUACAGGUAAAGGAAGGUCUAAGCAAGUAGCGAAACACAGUGCCGCAUUUAGGGCCCUUGAAUUGCUGAACACAUUGGGUGAAUGCGAUAUUAUCUUGACUGCCACCCCAGAUUUCAAACCUAACUUGCAUAGAAACGAACCCGAUAACCCAAACGAGGGGUCCGUCAACAGCAUUGGGUGUCUGCAAGAAAUUUGUGCAGAUAAUAAAAUACCUCUACCUGUUUUCCAUGAGAUAUCCGAUGUGGGGCCUCCUCAUUGUAGACAGUUCACAUACGAGUGCAGUAUAUCUUCAAUGAGAACUCAGGCGAUAGCUAAAACGAAAAAGCAGGCGAAACAAUUGUCGGCAAAAUUGAUGCUGGAGAAGAUCAAAGAAACAAUCCCGGAUUUGGUGAGAGAAAACGAGGAUUUGAGUAAUACUCUUAUGGAAGACGAUGACGCCUUGAAAGUAUACAAUAGAAUGAGCUCGUACAAGGUCAUUAAGAAUAAAUGCACGAGAAUCAUUGAUUUCCCUAGUUGCCUUGUAGAACUAAUGAAAAAUGCUGAGUUGACUAAGGAAGAUUUCGAAGAGCUGUUAGAAAUAUGUGGCGAGAAAACACUGAAGAAGAUACUCGACAAGUUUGAAUUGAAACAUGAAUUCAUUGUAUUACAGGAGUCUUCACCUGCAAUUGUACUGUUAGAUGUUGAUUUAGAUACACCUUUCUCUGUUUUGGGCAAAGGUGCAACAGAGAAAGAAGCUAAGAGAGACGCAUUGCGGAGCAUUUAUUUCUUAUUGGAAGCGUACAUCAACGUUGCAGACUGUGAUGACUAGACCAUUUUUCGUUGAUUUCAGUUUUAAGUUCCAUUAAUUUUUGGUAUUUUAGUGGGAAUUAAAUGUGUCUGUUAAUAUAUUUUCAUUGUUUGGAGAA